AUGCAGAGAGAAACACGGGAUAAGGGAGGUGACGGGCAGGUCCCUGGAUUUCUACAUCGGAAAGUCAGAAAGGAGGAGAAAUACGAAGGGGGUGACAACAUAGAACGUCAGAAGUGGGGACCGAAAUCGGUGUACUCUCCGGAGAUAUUGCCUUCAAGCAAGGAAAGUAAAAGCAAGCGAAUUGAGCGGGUUAAGAGCUCCCACGUGCACUAG